UACAUUGCAUUAUCAAAUUCUUAACAAAGACAAAAUAUUUUCAAUAGUGACACUGGAAUAUUUUUUAGUGAUCUAUUUCUGUCCAUCGACCAGUGCGGUUAUCUGUUUGGAUAGGAUGUUCUAGAACCAUGGAUAUAACCUUACAAUUGUAUUACAAAUGUCUUCGAGCAAAGGUUAAUGUACUUCGCAUUGGUCUUCUGCAUUUCGUCAUAUUCGAUUAACUAAUUAAUUAUGUCAUUCGUUUGAGAUUUUAAUAAAGAUUUACAAUACGAAUGUUAUUCGCUAAUGUUGUGCUAGACAGUGACAAAUCCGAGCUGUGAAAUACAACUUAACUAUACGCGUUUUGCAAGUUUUGCACGGAUUCAUGCACUUUGUCUCCCAACUCUCUUGAACUCUCUUGUACCGACGUACUUGAAGGCAACAUUAGGCGCCUCCAAAGUAUCCAUAGCGACGCGACUCUGUGGUAGAAUUUGUCUUUUGCAAAAAGUCGUCGUCAAUUUUGAAUGACGCGUGCCCCGAAAGUUCAAAUUCCAAAGAAGCAUAACCAGCGAUCUCGCCAAAGGGCGUCUUACUGAAGUGCUGGGAAGCAGGCCCGGGUCGAGAUGCCUUUGCUCGUGACGGACCACUCAUGGACACAGACGGGGUCAACGGUCUUCAUCAGCGUGCCCCUAAAUGGAGUAACAAAGGUCGACAUUGUGUCGUCAGACGAGUACCUGAAGGUUCAUUUCCCACCAUUUCUGUUGGAAGUCUUCCUGUCAGAGCUUGUUGAUGAUGACCAAAGCUCAGCGAAGAUUGGAAACGGAGUCGCAGUCAUCAGUUUGUCAAAGAGGACAAACAAACUGUGGGAGCAUUUGGCAAUAAGCACGUAUGAUAAAGAAACGAAAAGGGAAAUCCGAGAGAGAGCUUUGUCCAAAAUGCAGGAAAAGCUCGCUGCAGAGGCAAAAAACAGAUCGGAAAAAAGGCAUCAUGAGAAGAAAUAUACUCUGAAGACAAUGAUGAAUAUGGAAAGUGAAGAACGAGAAAGAAUACAAAAGAUGAAGGAUGCUGAGCGAGAGAGAACCACAGCUGAACUCAAAGCAUGGCAGCUGAAGGAGAACAAAAUAGCUGAAGAGGCAGCGCGACUCAAACUCCAAAGUCAGACCAACAAUUUCAAAAACAUAAAAGCUGUGAAGGAUACCUCUGAGAAUGGUGGCUCAGGUGGAAAAAAUGACAAAUUUGAUGCCAGAAAUGUCCGCAAAUUAGAGAGAAAGACAAAGCAGAAGGAUCUUCCCUCACCGAGAGUUCUGGGAAAUAUUGAGGUCUCAUUCACUCCUCGAGUUUUCCCCACAGCCCUCAGAGAGUCACGAGUUGAGGAGGAAGAAGAGUGGCUAAGAAAACAAGCAGAGGCCAGGCGUGUAGUCAAUGCAGAUAUUGAAGAGCUGAAGGACUUGACGGAGGAGGAGAGGAAUCCCGACUGGUUGAAAGAAAAAGGCAACAAUUUUUUUGCAGCUGGAGACUACUUGAGCGCCUUGAAUGCCUACAACUUGGCUAUCAGACUCAACAGAAAGAUCUCAGCUCUGUUCUCAAACAGGGCUGCAUGUCAUCUCAAGUUACGGAACUUUCACAAAGCCAUUGAGGACUCCUCUCAGGCUCUUGAACUGCUGACUCCAGCAGUUUCCACCAAUUCAGCUGCCCGAGCCAGAGCUCAUGUGCGUCGAGGCACUGCUUUCUGCCAGCUCCAGCUUUAUGCAGAAGGACUACAAGAAUACCAGACUGCUUUGAAGAUUGACCCAAACAAUGAAGCCGUGCAAGCAGACGCACAAAAAAUUAGGGAUAUCAUUCAAGGCAGUGCAGAAUAAUCACCUGUCCCAAACUGAAAGCCAUAAAGUCCACGGGGUUUCAAAUUUUUUGGGAUGUGUCCCCCUAUUUGAAGAUUAAUCUUUUCUGUGCCACCCCACUGCUGCUUGAAAUGUUCUCCGGGGGGGUGCUAGCACUGAAAAUUUACAAAGCAAUGGCAGGUGAUAGCGCCGGAAACCAGGGGGUGAGGGGCUGAAACAAUCUCCCCACACUCCUCAUGAUACUUUUACUUAACUAUUGUCUUGGUCAUUGGUUAUCCAAGCAUUUGAAUAUAACAGAACUUCCAAAAACAAACAGUGCAGUGAGUGCCAAGGGCCAAUCAAAGAAAAGCUGUAUUCCAUAUUGAAAUUAUGGAAUAACAGUAGUCCAAUCAGAACAAAAUUGAUAUAUGUAUUGUAUAUUAAUGAGAAAUUCGGCUGUUUCUAUUGCCAGGCUACAAUAGUUUGACAAAGGACAUUCCUGACAUUUCUAAACAAAAUUAUUUUAAAAACCUGUUGAAAGGACAUGAGUCGUGAAAAAAUGAUCACAUAGGACCUUUAAGUGAUAUUGUAACAAUUCUCCCUCAACUCAACAGUCAUACAAGUACAAAGAGAAGUUAACUACUCUAGAAUAAAACUUAAAUACCUUGACAGUGCCAGACAGACAUACUGGAGGGUUAAAUGGUGUUGGCAGAGCGCUUCUGCCUCAACUGGCACUUUAUAGUUACUGCUGAAAUUAAUAUGUAGGAAUGUCUGUCAGAUGGUUGACAAAAAUCUCUUAAUCUUUGAAGUUCCUUCAUCAGUAUGCAUUGUGACAGUGUAAGUAAAACUGUGCUUCGACAUACUUCUCACCAACAAAUAUCAAAUUUUAACAGCAUAAUGUCAGUCUUUCAUUUGCAGUGCUUUUCCAAGCCUUACCACACGUAAAAAUAAAUAAUAUCAUGAAGUCAAAUAAACAAUGGGGUAUAUAACAUACUAGCAUUGGCUUACGUUCUCAAGCCUCUCAUCAUUGACGGUUAAACAAUGUUAUAUUUAUCACAUUGUGGUGAGUGUACGGCAAGCCCCAGAGAAAGGUUUUUUUUUUUUUUUUUUAAUCUGUAUCUUGUAAUAGAUGCAAUUUUUUUUAAACAAGAAAUGUGAUACAUACUGUUUGAAAGUCAUCUGAACACCGCCAGGUGUGCACACUUGUUAGCUUUCAUUUUCACUCUCAAAUAUUUAUUUCAGUUUUUCAAAAUGUUUGCACAGGCCAUAGGUCACAUUGAUGGUAAAUGUUUUGAAAUACUUCAUCUUGGUCUCGUUUUUUUACAUAAGAAAACUGGCAUUUGAAGUGGGUGGGGUGA